CUUCUGUUUUUUGAGAUGGCAAAAAAGGUGGAUCGAAGGUAUGGGAAACGUCCACUUCCAUCCGAAAUAUCGGAGGAUCAAAGCAAAUCAGCAGCAUCUCCAUGGCCUGAACCAUCGGACAUGACGGCCAUGGUCACUGCUCUUACUCGAGUCAUGGGAUCCGAUGAGCACCAGCAGCAGCAGCAGCAUAGCUUCCCACAAUCAUCACCGGCACCCUCAUCAACGCCACAAUCUGCGGUUCAAGAUCAAGAAAACAAGAGGAAAAGACAUUACAGAGGAGUGAGGCAAAGGCCAUGGGGAAAAUGGGCAGCUGAAAUUCGUGACCCGAAGAAAGCAGCCCGAGUAUGGCUUGGCACUUUUGACACAGCUGAAGAUGCAGCCCUUGCUUAUGAUAGAGCUGCUCUCAAGUUCAAAGGCAACAAGGCAAAGCUAAAUUUUCCUGAACGAGUCCAAGGGAACCGGGAGGUGAGCCAUUUAACUGGUCCCGGAGACUCGAGCUCGGUCCGUUCCGAACAAAAUCCUACACCGGUGGUAGUCGAACCUUCAUCAUGGUCGACUCAGGAUUCAUACCCUCACUUGUUUCAAUAUGCUCAGCUGCUUUCAAGUAGUAAUGAUGCUGAUAUCUCGUAUUACACCUCGAAUCUCUUCAACUUCAAUCAAGAAUCUUUAUCUCCUCAAUUCUCUUCAAUGUCUGCACCAUCCACACUACCAUCACAGUACUACCAGCCGGACCUUACAAGAUUGCCGACCAAUUACGAUGGCUCUUCGGGUCCUGAAUAUUAUCAUCCUCAACAACACGGGAAGGACUUCGAUCCCAGAAACAGAAGCGAGUAG